AUGCAUGCCUGCACCCCUGCCGCGCCGCAGGACACGCGCGACAAGUUCCUGCGGCUGCAGGCCGACUUUGACAACUUCCGCAAGCGCACCGCCGGGGAGAAGGAUGCGCUGCGGGUGUCGGUGCGGGGCGACACCGUGGCCGAGCUGCUGCCGCUGGUGGACAACUUUGAGCUGGCCAAGGCGCAGCUGAAGCUGGAGACUGAGGGGGAGAAGCGUGUGGAUGCGGCGUACCAGGGGCUGUACAAGCAGAUGGUGGAGCUGUUCCGGGGGCUGGGCCUGGAGGCGGUGCCAGGCGUGGGCUCCCCCUUUGACCCCAACCUGCACGACGCCAUCAUGCGGGAGGCGAGCGAGGAUGUGCCCGACGGCACGGUGCUGGAGGAGUUCCGCAAGGGCUUUGUCAUCGGCGACAAGCUGCUCAGGCCUGCCAUGGUCAAGGUUUCGUACAGCGACGCACCCGCCGCGGCAGCAGCAGCCAGCUCGGAAGAGGCAGCAGCGGGAGGGGAGGUGGCAGCGCCGUCGGACAGCGAGUAGCAGCCCCCCAACCGCAUACGCACACACUGCUUCCUGCUCCCCUCUCCGCCUGUUUCCCGCCUGUUUUCCGACCCGUUUGCGUUACAUGUCAUCUGCUGCGAUGCCUCACAUUGGAGCCGAAUCGCAAAUCCGAACAAAAGCAGUUCAAAGUGUGGCACUCCCACAGG